AUGGUGCACACGCCCACUCUAACACCACCCAUGGUGCACACGCUCACUCUAACACCGCCCAUGGUGCACACGCUCACUCUAACACCACCCAUGGUGCACACGCCCACUCUAACACCGCCCAUGGUGCACACGCCCACUCUAACACCGCCCAUAGUGCACACGCCCACUCUAACACCACCCAUGGUGCACACGCCCACUCUAACACCACCCAUGGUGCACACGCCCACUCUAACACCACCCAUGGUGCACACGCUCACUCUAACACCACCCAUGGUGCACACGCCCACUCUAACACCGCCCAUGGUGCACACGCUCACUCUAACACCACCCAUGGUGCACACGCCCACUCUAACACCGCCCAUGGUGCACACGCCCACUCUAACACCGCCCAUGGUGCACACGCCCACUCUAACACCGCCCAUGGUGCACACGCUCACUCUAACACCACCCAUGGUGCACACGCCCACUCUAACACCACCCAUGGUGCACACGCCCACUCCAAUACCCGCCCAUGGUGCACACGCCCACUCCAAUACCCGCCCAUGGUGCACACGCCCACUCUAA